AUGCCGGCGACUCGUUCUCGCUCUAGGUCGCCUAGGCGAACGUCUAGUUCACCUUACUCAAAAGACAAGACGGUAAAACCGAACUCUCGUGAACUUAUCACGAUAAAAACCGAGGAGAAAGACUCGGAAACCAGCGCGAAGAAGACCACCGCGUCGGAGUCGUCUAAAUCGAAUACAGCAAGUUCAAAAGACAGUAAAGCACCAGAAAAACCUCCUCGCAAGCCGUCUGAAUCACCGGUUUCAAAAGGUAACAAUGCGGGUAACUGGAAUUCUCACAAAUCCAAGGAACCUAAAUCCAAAGAAAGGAAGUUUUCUGGUCGAUGCAGACUUUUCGUGGGGAACUUGCUGAACUGUGAAGAAACCGAACUGAGAGAAAUGUUUGAAAAGUAUGGAGAGGUGGCAGAGGUGUUUGUGAACAAGGACAAAGGAUUUGGCUUUGUCAGAAUGGACACACGUCUCAAUGCAGAAACUGCCAAGCAAGCAGUCGAUGGUUCAUUUCGCAUGGGAAGGACAGUGCGGGUACGGUUUGCAACACAUGCCGCUGCUCUUAAAGUACUUAAUCUUGGACCAGUAGUCACCAAUGAACUCUUGCAUCAAGCAUUUUCACAGUUUGGUGACGUGGAGCGAGCUGUUGUUGUUUGCGAUGAUAGGGGAAGAACGAAAGGAUAUGGCAUUGUUGAGUUCUCAAGAAAGAAUUCUGCUCAACAAGCAUUACAACAAAUCAAUGAUGGAUUAUUUCUCCUUGGAAGGAUACCACGUCCUGUGUCUGUUAAACAGUUAGAGCAUACGGAAGAUGAGGAUGGCAUCUCAGAUGAACAUAUCAAAAGAAAUCCUGCCUUUCAAAAGGAAAGAGAAGCCCAGCCCCACUUUGUAGCACCAAACACAUUUGAGUCAGAAUGGGCACAAAGAUGGCGUGCAUUGGAAGAAAUGGAAGUGGCACAGAAGGAAGCGCUGGAUAAGCAGUUCAAGGAAGCUCGGGAGAAAUUAGAGUCAGAAAUGGAUCAGGCCAUACAGGAACAUGAGGCUGUGCUGAUGAGACAAGAAAUUCAACGCCGUCAAGAUGAAUUGCGCAGAUUUGAAGAGAUACGUCAAAAGGAAGAGAUGUUGAGACAACAAGAGAUGCGGAGACAGGAGGAAAUGCGUCUCCAGGAUGAGCUGCAGCGCAGAGAAGAUGAACUUCGCCGUAAGGAGGAGCUAUUUAGGCAGCAGCAGCGUGAGCUUCAGAGGCAUAGACAAGAAGAUAUGUACUUACAGGAAUCUUUAAGACGAAUGGAUACAAACUUUCCAGCAGGAAUGCCUUCUAAGGGACCUCCAGGUGGAGAUUGGGGAAUGGGUGCAGGUGGCCCCCCUCCUGGCCGUGGGGGGCCUCCAGGCCGGGGAGGACCACCUGGCCGUGGAGGACCACCUGGUCGUGGAGGACCACCUGGCCGUGGAGGGCCGCCUGGACGUGGAGGGCCACCAGGACGUGGUGGACCAUCAGGACGUGGUGGACCAUCAGGACGUGGUGGACCAGGUUUUGGUCCUCGUCAGCCAGGCAUGAUGAACCCUCCCAGAAUGGGCCCAGGAAUGAUGCCUCCUAGAGGCCCACCAUCUAUGGGAGGCCCACCUCCUGGAGGCCCACGUGGACCUAUGGGACCUGGCAUGCGACCUAAUGGAGGGAGGCCAAGGUUUGAAAAUGACAGAGAACGUGAUCGUGACAUGGUCGAUCGAGAUCGACUUGCUGCACGCUCACGUGAGCCACCUUCAAGAGAUCAUGGAGAUUUCAAGAGGCCACGUUACUAG